CAACAGGAAGGAAGUGCAGAUUAUUGGCUGAAGUAUUUUUCUCAACUCUGAGACUAAGGAUGUCUGGCCGUGGGAAGAAAGCUGUACCCAAACCAAAAUCGUCAGUAUCCCGGUCUUCCCGAGCAGGGAUCACUUUCCCAGUGGGCCGCAUCCACAGGCUGCUCAGGAGAGGCAACUAUGCCGAGCGAGUCGGCACUGGCUCCGCAGUGUACCUCUCAGCAGUCCUGGAGUACCUCUGUGCUGAAAUCCUGGAGCUGGCAGGAAAUGCUAGCCGUGACAACAAAAAGCAACGAAUUGCGCCUCGCCACAUCUUGUUGGCUGUGAAAAAUGAUGAAGAACUCAACAAGCUGCUGGCAGGGGUGACAAUCUCAGAGGGUGGUGUCAUCCCAAAUAUCCAGGCAAGCCUUCUCCCCAAGAAGACAAAGACACCCAGGGAAGAUAGUUCUGCUAAAGAUGUUCAGUCUCAAGAGUUUUAAUUGUGAAUGGAAAAGUUUUGUAAAUUAACAUAUUAAAGUGUUUUAUCAAA